CUUUUCUUCCAAAUCAGCUGAAUUUGUUUCGGGGAAAUUGGGAAAUUCAGAAAUUUCUAACAUCGCGAACGGUUCGGGCGGCGCACGGAAAACGGCAACGAAUACAAAUACUCAGCUGAAUGCAAGGCGUGAAUGGCCAACUGAAACUCGCGCAAUGCAAUAAUUACCGCGAUAAUUCCAAAAGACAAGUACUAAUUUCGCGACAAUCACAGCAAACAAAUUGAAACCGCGUGUCUUUCGUUUUGCUUCUCCCGCUCUUUUCGUUGCACUGCUGCUCUCCUGCCCUCCCACACUAUUCGCCCAAUGCAGUUUUGAGUGUGUGUGCGUGUGUUUCCUUUAAAUUCAAUGAAUUCUCGACUGGCAGUGCAAUUAAAGCGCAACUAAAACAAAAGUGAAUCUACCACGUGCGCCGCUCUCUCGCGUCUUUAAGUUCAGUUGUUGUAGCUGCCUUCGAUUUGUUUUGCUGGCGUCUCGCUCUAACUCAAUUUACCGUUGCCCAGCCGCAGAGCAACCGGCAUUUUGAUUACUAACUAAUUUGGAUUAGGACUAAUUACAAGGAGAUCAAAAUGGUGCAGGCACUCGACUACGAUUGUGAGGUGCAGGGCCAGGACAUCCCGCAGGCUAUUCAGCUUCUUGGGGAGAUGAACAGCAACGUGAAACAGGUGACAGAUUUGGUUGAGGGCAUGCUGCAGCGGGUUAAGCGGGGUGAACUGACCACGGAGUACGGUCUUAGCUUCCUUGAGGUGAAGUACCACAUGCUCCUCGACUACUUGAUCAAUCUCACCUACGUGGUACUGCGCAAAUGCUCCGGCGAGACCAUCGAGGGCGAUCCCUCCAUCGAACGCCUGAUCGAGAUACGCACCGUGCUGGAGAAGAUUCGGCCCAUAGAUCACAAGUUACGCUACCAAAUCGACAAGCUAGUUAAGACGGCCACGACAGGCGUCUCGAGCAGUACAGAUCCCAUACUUUACAAGCCCAAUCCGGACGAUAUGAUGAGCAGCGCAGCCGGAGCAGGCCGCAAUGAGGAUGAUAAGCAAGAUGACAGCGAUGAGGACGACGACGACGAUGAUGAGGAGGACGAAGAGGAUGAGGAUGAGGCCGGUGCUGCAAAAAUGCCUCGCAAGGCGGCCACAGCAGGCAAAUCCGGAGUGUAUGUGCCGCCGCGCAUCAAACCCGUUUACUACGAUGGCGACGAACGCGAUGCAGACAAGGAGAAGAAGGCCAUGGACCGGGCCAAGAAGCGGGCCAUUACGUCCUCGAUGCUGCAGGACCUCAAAGAGGAGUACUUGGACGCUCCCACUGAGAUAUCGUCCGGUUCGCGGGCUCAGCAAAUGCUGUCCAAUGCACAGAAGGAGAAACAGGAGUACGAGGAGACCUAUUUGAUGCGUCUGCCGGUGACCAAGGCAGAGAAGCAUCGCCAGCGCAAGCUGACCACGUUGGGCACACUUGGCGAUGAAAUCCUCGGAGAGAUUAGCCGGGAAUCCGCCAUGCGCGGCGAUGGAAGUAAAAAGCGCAAGCUGGCCAAAAAGGGCAAGGGAAAGAAACGUGGCGGUAAAAAGCGAAAGUUCCAUUAAUAGGAACCAAAGCCACUAAAUAAGUGACCACGUCUUUUAGAUUAUAGAACAACUGUAAACUGUAAAGUUUUAAAGCAGAUCUAUUUUUAAUUGAUUUGAUUUGAUAAGUUGAGUUUUCCAUUAUUUGUAUCUUAGUUCACUAAUGGUUUUUAUAUAUAUUUUUGAG